CCGUCAACUCGACGAUCUCCCCAAAAAGACGACCUCUUUUUGCCAACGACGACCGACGAUAGCCAUCAUCGUCCAUCCACCUGUCAUCCAUCCCACGGUUCUGCAACGGCUGCCCGUUUGACGGGACUAUCCAGACGCGACGACAACGGGCUUUUGUUUGGCUGCGCCCACAGCAAAAGAGACUGGACGGACGAGACGAGGCACACGAACGCCCCGAGGCCAUCCCCAUCCCCAUCCACGUACUAGACCAACCCAGCGACGAGCCCUUUUUGAGGCCACCCCAAACGGCGAUUUAGAAAUCACCCACGACCGGCUGCAUCUCCCCAGCGGCUUUAUUUUAUUUCGUUUAUUUUAACGACCCAUCAGUCCAGAGAGCAAGCCCAUCGCGCGUUAGAACCGCUGCGCCCUCUCUUAGUUUUUUUCCCUCUCGCGUUGGUUCUCAAGCCAUUUGCCCGCAUUGAUUAUCUCUCAAUUUCCCAAGUGCAUAUUGUCUAGUGUAUCAUCGUCUGUCGUACUGCUUUCUUUUUCCUACUCGAGGGCCGCAUCAUUUUGCGCAUCGGCCUGCUUCUAGCACGCCCUCCCUUUCUCUUCUCCCGCGAUUUCUUUGACGCGCAGCCUUUCUCGGCUUAUUCAUUCGAUAUACACGAACCGUCCCUCCCACGGGGAGCAUCUAUAAGAUGGCUGACCAACACGAGGUCGAUCUCGAUUCUAUAAUUGACCGGUUGCUCGAGGUCCGAGGCAGCCGGCCCGGAAAGCAGGUCCAGCUUCUUGAGACUGAGAUUCGCUUCCUGUGCACUAAGGCUCGCGAGAUUUUCAUUUCUCAGCCCAUUCUCCUGGAGCUAGAGGCUCCCAUCAAGAUCUGCGGUGAUAUCCACGGCCAGUACUAUGAUCUUCUGCGUUUGUUCGAGUAUGGCGGCUUCCCCCCCGAGGCCAACUACCUCUUCCUAGGCGACUACGUCGAUCGUGGCAAGCAGUCCCUCGAGACCAUCUGCCUGCUCCUCGCCUACAAGAUCAAGUACCCCGAGAACUUCUUCAUUCUCCGUGGCAACCACGAGUGCGCCUCCAUCAACCGUAUCUACGGCUUCUACGAUGAGUGCAAGCGACGCUACAACAUCAAGCUUUGGAAGACAUUCACCGACUGCUUCAACUGCUUACCCAUCGCCGCCAUCAUUGACGAGAAGAUUUUCACCAUGCACGGAGGUCUCAGUCCCGAUCUGAACUCGAUGGAGCAGAUUCGUCGCGUCAUGCGCCCCACUGAUAUUCCCGAUUGUGGACUGCUGUGUGAUCUUCUGUGGUCCGAUCCCGACAAGGAUAUUACCGGCUGGAGCGAAAACGACCGUGGUGUGUCCUUCACCUUUGGUCCGGACGUGGUGUCUCGUUUCCUACAAAAGCACGACAUGGACCUUAUCUGCCGUGCUCACCAGGUUGUGGAAGAUGGCUAUGAAUUCUUCUCCAAGCGUCAACUCGUCACCCUGUUUAGUGCACCCAACUACUGUGGCGAAUUCGACAACGCAGGUGCCAUGAUGAGCGUAGAUGAGAGCUUGCUCUGCUCGUUCCAGAUUCUUAAGCCUGCUGAGAAGAAACAAAAGUUCGGACGGCGUUAAAUCAGCGGGAUGACCUUGCUCGGUCUCCCUGGGCCGAGCACGAUGCAUCUCGACGACUCAACACCGCCGACUUUUCUUUUUGACUCUCCGACUCUCUUCAUACUCUGCAACCUCUUACGUCGCACCGUCGCUGGGCCCUGGUGGCGAGAACGGGUUGCUUGGAGAACUACACGCCGAGCCCUUCCUGCAUUAAUGUACCGACUCGGCGGUUAGCUCGCAUCGCCUCUAAUGUCCCAACAUGCAAACUUCGUCACGACAAAUGGCUGUUUCUUAGCUUCACAGAUCAAAUCAUUCACAGAAAAAAAUACAUCAUGAUGUCACUUUAAACUUUGCUGUCCAGUACCUUUAGGAACCUUUAUUUGAGG